AUCUCUCACUCUUUGUGCAAAUUACAAAGGGGAACUCUCAUCUCCCUACCAUCGCACACGUGCUUGACACGCAUAGCAGCGAUGGCCGCUGCAAUCUUCAUGGCCCCUGUGCCGGGACUUAUGGCGAGAGCCGUACGGACGGUCUGGAUUUCAGGGCCGCAUCUCUUCAACAACAAAAACACCAACACCCUCUUAUUUCACAGAACCAGUUUCCAGACCUAUCCUCUCCCAACUCUCCAAAUCCCUUCAGGAAUUUGUCAUGCAGCACAUGCUUUAAAGGGCGAGGGUGAUGUUUUACUUAAAGGGGUCGUAAAUAAAAGUGGGACUGCCUCCGUAAAGCAUAUCCUUGAAAUGGCGGGACGGGCAUCAUCAAGAAGAGAAAUCUUGCAAACGGAUUUUCUUACACCACCCAUAUUGAAGGAGGCAAUGUUGACCCUGGAAAAAUUAGCAGAUGUCAAAGCGGUAGCUCAGGGAGGAUAUCCAGAGGCUGAACGGUGCUGCCUUUUGGUUGGGCAUUCUGAAGCCAUGGAAAGUAUUCCAGAUGCAGUUGCUGCACUGAGCAUCACAGGAAACUUUGGGUUCGAACCUUGUUCUCAUGGGGAUUUCCUUGGCUCAAUUCUUGGGACAGGGAUUGCACGGGAGAAAGUUGGUGACAUUAUCUUGCAGGGGGAAAAAGGAGCUCAAGUUAUAGUUGUUCCCGAACUUGUCGACUUCCUUGUUGCCUCGCUGGAAAAGGUUGGUAAUGUUUCAGUAUCCUGCUCAAAGAUACCUCUGCUUGCUUUAGAGUAUGAACCGCCAAGGACCAAGUCAUUUAAAACAAUAGAAGCAUCAUUACGGGUCGAUGCCCUGGCUAGUGCAGGAUUCAAAAUUUCACGUUCGAAACUUGUUGAUUUGAUCAGAUGCAUGGAACAUAGACAGUGAGGAAUGCCUGAUCAACCAGUGUGACCUUUAUGGAUAGAAGUUUCUAAGAAAGGAGAAAGGAUAGAAGCAUAUUCCAACAAUGCGAGAUUGAACCUUACACCCCUUCUCUAGCUACACAAGUCUGCCAUGAUGUCAGCUUCAGUACGGACGUGAGAGUAAUUGAAAGGUGCCCAGCCCACAUUAUCUCCUGAGGGAUAUCCAUUGAAGGAAAUCUGCACUUUAUUGCAGAAUACCAUAGCUUCCUUCAAUCACAAACACACCAAAAAGUUAAAAGCAAGUUCUCUAACCUUGUAACAGGGCUUGCAAUCUCCACUUCAUCAGAUUCAUUUUUACCAAUGUGGCCAGACAAUGCCCAUUUCGCUACCCCAGAUCGGUCAUAGACUCAUAGAUGAUACCUCCCAGCUUCUGCACCAGCUGGAGCCAGUUUCCUUCCAUCGAAAUUUUGAGAGACCAAGCAGUGUAUUCCAAUUAAGAGUGUGAUGUGCUAAUCUUCUCCUAUAUCUGCUGCUUCUGACCAUCCUCAUUUCAAGUCAUCUCCCCAGCUACUGAUGUACGAAAGGUCAUCUAUCCUAACUCCAAUGAAUAACUUGCAAGUCAGGGUCCAUGAAGGUAUAUUUCUGGGACUAUUCUGGUGAGCAGAUCUUGAUUGUACAUCAUCCAUCAUAACAGAAUCUAGACUUGUGAUUCUUGCAACAAUUGAGGAUAAAUAAUUGGGUUUUCAAGGAAGGUUUAUUUCUGUAAAGCUGCAUGAUUGCCGAAAGUUAAUCUCAUGAGUUUGAUUCUCCAUUAUGGC